AUGCGCGUUGAAUUUGAGGAAUUAUGGAAACACCAAGCAUCACAAGAUAAAAGGAUUCAUGAACUUGAACUAACUAUUGAGAAUCAAAAUAAGCAAAUUAAGAAUUUGAAAUUAAGAUGCAUCGAUAAAGAGGAGAAUUACUUAAACAGACUCUUUAAAGAAGACUCACAGUUUAUAAACCCAAACUUCGAAAGCGAACAAUUGGUAGGACCACAAAAUAACCAAAGUGAUAUUUUGAAAACCCAAACAAUGGAGGUGAUUCACAAAGAUGGGAAGACGAGUUUAACGAGUAGACGACACAUGGUGAAAAAGGACAGAGAUUACAAAAGAAAAAGACGUCGAAUGAAUACAGACUCUGCCAACACAAUAGCUUUCUAUGCUUACAUGAGCACACAUGAAGGAAACCCAGGGCAGCAUCAGACUCUGAUUUUUGACGUGGUGAAGACAAACCUUGGAUCAUUUUAUAGCAAACACAGUGGGGUUUUCACUACACCAGAACAGGGAACUUACGUUUUCACGUGGUCAAUAAUAUCAGACUUCAAUACUGAUUAUAUCUUUACUGAAAUAGUUAUAAACUCUGUACCUUUUGGAAGCAUACUUUCCAACAGUGAAGAAGUACAUGAUGAUCAUACAACUACUGGCAUUGUAGUAGCACAAUUGAACAAGUAG